AAAAAUCCAAUAGGAGCCUUGAAUUUUCUAAAAGGCGCGCCCCCAGAAUGGAUGACUCCGAUGAGGAGUUCCAGGUAGACGAGGCUGUAGUUUUCGGCCACUCUUCGUCUGUUGAUAUUACAGCACCACACACCGGUAUUGGUGAUGAUCAUGACAAGCAUAUUUAUCGUCCUGAGAAUCCUAUCAAAAAUAAUGAUGAAACGAAAUCAGAGCAAUCUUCACCUUCACCUUCGCCACAAGGUGAUCAUGGUGAUGCUCCACCUGAUGAGGUGGAACAUGUUGAAGUGGGCGGGAUAAAUGGAGCUGCUGUUGACGAAAUACAUGAGGAAACGAAGGGCGACGACGCUCGUGCUUUUGCACCAGGAGCAGAUGCGGAGAAGAUUGAGGAGAAGAGCGACGAUCCGAGUAGCGGCGAAGAAAGCGCACCAAUUGCUGAGGCCGAGAAGGAGACAGCCACCGCAAAUACAGUGGAUCAAGAUGAAGGAAAACAGUCGUCGUCUGCACCGGAUCAAGGAGAGACUACGCCGACUGCUACAUCGCCUCCUUCGAGGAUUGGCGAAGGAGAGCAGGAGCACUCUUCGAAUACUGACAUCGAAAAUGUCGAAGAUGACGGUGACGAUGCUCCUCCUGCUGAAGGCGAGGGCAUCCAGAAGCAACUUGCAGAUGCGUUGGCAAAGCUACGACAAGUAGAGAAAGAGAAGCGGUUACUGCAGUGCUCCUAUGAUAUCUACAAGGAAGCAGACAACUUACGAGGUGGUAGUAAUAUUAAACAACUCUCCCUCGAUGAGAUCAUCAAAAAGCGUGUACAAGAGGAAUUCUCUUCGAUGAACAACUUCGCAGCUUUUCAGCCGCCGCCAAGGAGAAAAGCAAGCUAUGCAGGUGGUUUGCCGACUGGACGCAACUCGGCAGCGAGUCACCUUAGUGAACCGGAACGCAAAUCAACGACACUCGGUUCACCAAAAGAAGAUCAUACUGGUGAAGGGAGAACGAGUAGGCUGGCGUCGCCGAUUGAGGAGGUACUACUUGGAUCACCUCAUCAUGCUAGGCACAUUCAUUCAUUCAUCAAAAUCUUUGGAGGAUUCUCUGAUGAUCUUUCGAUGAUUGUUUCGUUUCUAAUAGUCCUAAUGUCGAUUGCUUACGUUCCUAUCAGACCGCCACAAAACGCCCCUCUCUCCUCCACGACACUUCCGGUCCUUCCAACCUCACUCAAGUCCUCGAAAAACUAGCCGCCACCGAGUCGGCAGACAAGCAAAAGGACAUUGAGCUCGAAAGUCUGAAGGCGCAAAUAGCUGUACUCCAAUCCGAAAAGCGCGACCAAGAGGAGGACUUUGAACAGAAACUGCAAGAAAAGCAAGAUGAAUGGAACAUGGAGAUGAGCACGUUCUCGGAUGAAACACUACAAGUUUUGGAAAAGCAGUGGAUGCGGUACGAAGAUCUGUGGACGAAAUGUGCAGACGGGAGAGUGGGGAGUGUUAUGAAUGACAGUGAUUUAAGUGGUAGCAGUUUCACUAGAUGAACAUGAAGAAGCACUGAGGAGCAAUGUGAUGUUCGGUGAUUCCUGUCUUUCCUUGUCGAAGAAAUCUCAAACUCAAUCUCGAUUAUUUACUUAGACCCGCAUACUACUUCUUCCCUUCUAACCGGCACGAAGCAAGCGGGCGCACGAAGAUCGACGCCGCACUCAAAGCCCUGACGAGUAAAUUACGGACCGAAUUUGUCUCUGAGCGAGAACUCCAAGAGCAGCAGCAUGCGACAGCGAUAGCGGAGGCAGAAAAGCAACACGAAGCUAAGCUGCAUCGAGUCCAGGAACACGCACGUGAAUCUGAGAGAGAGAAGAGUAAGAGAUCGGAGACGAGGUUAGUCGCCGACUUUGAGGCGCGCUUGGCUCUAGAGCUUCAACAAGAACGCGAAUCUGCAGCAGAGGCAAGCAAAAUUGCAGAGAAGGCUCACGCAGAAAAAAUCAGAGCCGAAAAAGAAUCUUCAGAACAAGCACUCAAAGAACAAGCUGACACUACUGCAAAAGAAAUCAAUUCUUUACAAGAGCAGAUUGAAGAGGGAAAGAAGAAACUGGCUGAGCUGCGUUCUCAACUCGAUACAAAAGAGGAGACGGAGAAAGAGCUAAACGAUUUGAAGAAGAGACAAUCAGAAUAUGCCUUGCGAGUUGUAGAGUUACAACUGAGCAAUGACAAAUACGCUUUGGCUUUGGAGGAGAGGGAAGCGGAAUGUGCGGCAGAGGUGGCGCAAUUGCAGUUAUGAAGAGUGAACACGACCUCGACCCUACUAGAACAAGGAUAUAGAUAGACUUAGACCUGCUUUUAUCUUUAUGUUUUCUUCUCAUGUCACAAGUGCGAGAUCUUCUAGAUCAAUAUUAACCGUCUUCCUGACAUCUCUAAUGGCAGAAGCUCUCGACAAGGCAGAGAUCACGAUCGCUGGACGCGAACAAACCGAACAAGGGCUAACGCAAGUCGCUUCCUCAGCCGCUGCCGAAGAGAUCAGACGCCAAAGACAGUCCGCCGAUGAGCAACGAACUGAGUUAGAACGGGCUCUGCGGUCUGAAUUUGCAGAGAAGUUGACCGAUCUGCAGAACAAGGUGGUCGACUUGGAGACGCAGAAUGACAGAUUGCUGUGUGAGCGUGACGCCUUAUUGCUGGAUUUGGAAGACGCAAAUGGAGGUGGCGUGGCGGGUGAGAUGGAUGAGGAAGGUGAGAGCGCUUAUUCUUCGCCCUCACCUGCGAGAAUCACUGCGGCUGGGAGGACUUCGUCUGCAUCGAGCGGUGGAGGGGUGAAUGUUGAAAGCUCAGUAAGGAAAGAAAGACGUGGAGCAACAAGUGAGAGUCUUGCUGUGCACACUUCUAGUCCUAAGAAAAAGAAGAGCGAACUUGUAGCACAACAACAAUCUGUCGUGCAGGCUGAAAUUAGAGACGAAGCUUCUCUAUCUGCUCUCAAAAGGAUGACACAGGUAGGCGCUGCCAGUCCGGAUGUUGUCGUAUCACCACUGCUUCUGGGAACUCCAACCAGCAUCACGGAGAACUACGAUGCAGCACCAGCAGAUCAGGGACCGUCCAAUGUGGCCAGCAAGCUCCUUACUGGCAGUGAAGUAAGCUUGAUCACGACAAAAACGACGAUCACAACGACAAUAGAAACGACAAGCACAACGCUAUCUUCUGUUGUUGUGAAUCUAGUAGGAAAGGAGGAGGACCAUGACCACAAGCUGCAGGAGCUGCCUUCGACAAGCCCAAAGGCAACUCCAUCAUCUCCUUCACAGGGAGAAGACCAAGAAGAAAGAGAUCCCACUACAUCUGCCACUCCUAUUGACAAUGCUACACCAGAACUCAGAAGUGCGAGUCUACCGCUGCAUUCCCCAAAAGUUACCACCUCGUCCAACAAGAGUACUAUGAAGAAAAAGAGUUCUAGUAACGCUGGAGUUGUCGCAGUUCCUCCUUCUCCCUCUCCAACGUCCGAAACAUUCGACACUCCACAACUGACGCAGUUAGCAGAGUUGGGGCUUGCUGAUAGUCCUGACGUUUUUCGGUCACCGCCCUCCUCUCCGCCGCCGUCGGCAUCGAAGUUGGCAGACUUGGAUGCUUUGUUUAUGCCUAUAACUACGGUUUUUGUUUUUUCCAGCUAGGUAUGCUCCACCAACACCUACAAGUACCUAGGUUGAACAACGAUAGUACUUGUUACCAUUAGACCUUACUCUUUCUGAGACUGUUAGUUUCAGUGGAACAAGACUUAAAGUCUCUGCAUCAUCUUCUUCUUGUCUAACCCCGUGUCUGGUGGCGCCGCCGACCAUCUCGCGAACCACGUUCCUACCCGUGCAGAGGAAGAGGAGGACGUCGAGUUCAACUCUGAUGAAGGCGGUGACAGUGCAGCUAGGACGAAUAGUAGUGGCAAUACGUCUAGUGAGGCCCAUAGUGCUUUAGAGGAUGACGACGAGGAAAAUGGUAGUCGUAGAGGCAGCCAAGACGGAGGAGCCAGAGGUAGUCUUGAAAGCGAGCAAGUUCUAGCAGGUGCUAGAGGCAGUGGAGCCUCUUCGUCUGCAGCUUCUUCUGCGAAAACGUCGAGAAGGAAACAUAAAAUGGGUGAAAAACGGAUCUUCGCGUUUGAGGAAAUGCUGAAGAAGAUGGCGCAGGUUCGGAGCGACGCUGAGAAGCGGAUAAAAGCGGCAGAAGACAAAUUGGAAUUGGAAACGAAGGGUUUGAUGAGCAAGGUAUUUCGUCUACAUGUUUAGACUGGAAUAAUCGACAAAGAAAUGAUGUGUAUCUUCUCUUCAAAUGUGUAUUUUCUCAAGCUCAAGAACACCAAUCCCGCCCAACACAUUCUGAUUCCUCAAUCCAGUUCUCACACCACAAUCUCAAUCCAGUUCUCGCAGCUCGAAGAAAGGCACUCUGUCCUGUCCGUCCGUAACGCCGCAGCUGAGCAAGAGCUCCUAAACCUCGCCGAAAGGCGUGAUGCACUGGCAGUAGAGCUUAAAGUCUCUGAGAAAACCGUCAAGGACCUAAGGGCUGCCAAUGCGAAUCAAGAAUCCGCACUAGCAGAGGCAGCUGACUUCCGUGUGCGACAGGGUAUCGGACGGCUACUAGGUGUUCUAAACCCGAAAUCUAGGACUGGAGUGCAUACUCGCUGGAAAGCAGACGCUUUUGGUCGCUUGCGAGACAAUGAGGAGGCAUCUAGAGUGAAGGCUUUGGAGAAAGCAAAGGAGGAUUUAGAGAAUAAAGAAAAGGACACUGCAGCACAGCUAGCAACAGAGAGCGAGAAAAGGAAGACGUAUGAAAAGGAGCUGGAGGAGAUGGGUUUUUUCGAAGAUGCUGACCACGCCGCAGAUGAUGACACCUCUACCACAGUCCCAGACGACCAAGACAGCACUGAUGAGGAGGAUAGAGUAGGUGGCGCAGAGAAGUACCAACUAGACGACUCGGGUGUCGAUGAUUUGGAGUCUCUACUGGCUGACAACAAGAUCGGACCAUUGGUUACUGUCGGAAAAACAACUGCCGAAGACCUGAACUUCAUUGCUGGAGAACUCAGCGACACUCUGGAGGCUAUGAACAUCGCUGUUGGCGCGUUUCCAGAGUUGUACGCGAGAGAGUACAAAAGGAGUGUCAAACUAAGAAGAUUCGUGAAGGGGAUGAAGAAAAGCUUUGCUUUGGUACUGAAGUGUGGAGGUUUUUUGCUGGAUUUGUCGUUGAGGCAGCAUCGGAUAGUGGCGGAUACGGCAGUAUGGAUCGCUAGCCACAUGAUGGCGGGGAAAUUGCGGUUGUUGAGUUAUGAGGGAGCUAGUAAUAGAAAUAGAGAUCAUAGGUGACACAUUCAUUGACUCGACUAGAUCUCUUCAGCGAGGUACCCUGCUCAAACCUUUUGAGCAUCAUAGAAGUUAGUAUCUUCUAACCCUCAGAACUCCACAUUGGAAGCGCUUUCGCCAGGUGGAGGGACAAGGAUGUCGCUUGCGUCCGGCAGCAGUACGCUGACAUGGUAAUCGCAGCUGGGGAAGAGCAAGCUAAGUGCCAGGAUCUAGAACGGGACCUACAGAGAGAGCAGAAGCGCACAAAAGAUCUUGAGCAUGCUCUACAAGCGGCCAAGAGACUCGGAGGAGGAGUUGAAACUGUUGGUGGUAGUAGUAGCAGUACGGGAUCUCCAGUGAAGGUGGGCUGUCCCGGAGCAGGUCGUAGUAGUAGCAGUACGGGAUCUCCAGUGAAGGUGGGUUGUCCCGGAGCAGGUCGUAGUAGUAGUGCUGUGAAAGGAACGGGAGCUAUGGUUUUCAACGGGAAGGGGUCACCUCUGCGAAACGUCCUGCCUGGACUGACUAGUAUGGCGGACUUGACGAAGCACUUAGACGAAGUCGCUGAAGCAGCGAAAUCCUCAUUGCUGGCUGGAGGAGGUCCAUCAUCGACAAGUGUUCCUUCCGCAGCUGCUGCGCCAACGUCAGAAGCGGCUGCUGGCAAACCUGCGACGUCGAAAGGGAAGGGAAAGAAAGCUGCGCCACCGCCUAUUCCUCCUGGUAGUCUAGGUGGUAGAAGUACUGAGACUGCGACCACAACGCCUGAAGGCAAAGGACCGCCGAGUGCGCCGCCAGCGCCUGCAGGAAAGCCAGCCGCUCCUGCUGGGAAAGCCGCUGCGCCACCUGUACCAGGUAGUGGAAAAGCAGGAACACCCCCUGUGCCAGGUGGUGGGAAAGGCGAUGAAUCUGCAGAAGCACUACCUAGUACGGGAAAGGGCAGAGGAGCAGCACCUCCGAUUCCAGGUGGAAAGGGAGCAACCCCUCCAGCGCCUGGUGGGAAGGCGGUGCCACCUGCUCCGGGAGGAAAAGGAGCUCCAGUUCCUGGAGGCAAAGGUGCGCCAGUACCAGGUGGUAAAGGCGCACCCCCACCAGGCAAGGGCGCAGCACCACCAGGCAAAGGUGGCGCAGCCCCACCUGGCGCAACAGCUAAAGGUGGCAAAGGAAAGGGUAAAAAAGGUGGAGCUCCUGAGUGCAAUAUUCCAGUCCAUGCAGUUCCAGAAGCACCGAAGGAACACACAGCCAAAGCCCUGCACUGGCAGAAAAUCGCACCUAAGCAGUAUGAGAAGUCUAUUUUCGCGAAGCUGCUUUCCUCUUCUUCCACCUCAGGUACUUCGACUUCUGCUUCUACUUCUGCUAGUACAGCAGCAUCUACUUCCGGUUCCGGUACGUCUACAGCUACGAGUGGACCUUCCUCCUCCAGUACUUCGCUCACUACAGUCCCAACAUCUCCACCCCGCAGUGCGCAGAACAAACUCCUGGGUUCACCACCUAGUAGCAAUGCCAAAUUGCGUCCGCCAGGUAGUUCCUCGAAAUUGCUCAGAGGUGGUGCUGGAGCCGCCCAUGGAACCACUGGCGUGCCACUCAAUUUCUCCACAAUCUUACACAAGAUCAGAACCAAGUCUAGUUUUGAUCGCGUGUGUGCACACUUCUUGAAGAAGAUUGAGAAACCUUCUACAAACGGACCUCAAGGUGGUGCUGGAGGAAAGACCUCUGCCACGAACGUCAAAGUUCUCACUACACUGCUCGAUGAUGCAUCGAAGGCUCAGAACAUCGAGAUCGCUCUGCGCUCGCGGCAAAUAACAGCGGACCAAGUACGACGUCGAUUAGACGACUACGAUACGGAGGCACUGAGUUUCGAAUCGUUGCAGAUGGUGGUGGCGAUGUAUCCGAAUAGUGAAGAAAUUGGCCAGUUGAAGAAGGAGUACGACAAGAGUGGACCGCCGUUGCGAGGAGCGGAGGACUUUCUGUUAUGACUACUUACAAGAACGACUGCAAGUCAAUGUCAAAUGAUCAAAUAUAAGUAGUAGUUUCUGGUGUUAUGACUACAAGAAGAAAGUCAAAGUCAAUGUGGUCUUGGUCAAAUGAUCAAAUAUAAAUCAAUGUUGUCCAAUGUUGAGAAUGAUCAAAUAUAAUCUUGAUCUUCAGGUUCAUGUUGAUUCUUCAAAAACACGUAGAUAACGACCACUCUUUUACUACUUGCCAAAUUCAUUCUCAUCGUGCUUUACCUUUCUCUAAUCACACUCGGCUUACUCGAGAUCUCGAAUUUCAAGCAGAAAGCAGAAUGCGUCUCAAAUGUGGAGCUUUUUCCCAAGCUAUUCGAGGAGACAAAAGAAGGCGCUGCUCAACUACAGAACUUGUGCGAACAACUGCUGAAAUCGGGUGCAUUGCAAGUGGUGUUUUUUCUUAUGGGAUACUGACAUGAUAUAGAUAGAUUAUGGGAUCGAUACUCACAAGAUAGAAAGGCUGUUCCCAAACUUGAUGCAACUUGCGUACCUCUUAGACAACUCUUCUUAGACAGUUUCAUUCCUUAUAACUCUCUGUAAGUGUAAGAUCAGCAUCGGAAUUAACAUCGUUUCCACACAAGCUCUAAUCUUCUCGCUAUGCAGAUCGGCAACUUCCUCAACCAAGGCACUGCUAAAGGGAACGCUUUUGGUUUUUCGCUAGAAACGUUGGAGAAAUUUCCGCAGACGAACAGUUUCGUGGCCAAGGACUACAGCUUAGCUCAUGCGCUGUGUGAGGAAUUGUGGUUGGAAUCGCGGGAGAGCCUGAAAAGCUUUUUUGAUGAUACGAAGAGCUGCGAAGAAGCUGCCAGGGUCGAUUUCGCAGAGGUGAAGAAGCAUGCCAAAGACCUCGAAGCACAAGUGGAAUUUGUCCGGAGGGCAAUGGGAAUGACGAGGCCUGGAGAAGAUCUUGUUGUAAAUAGUACCACGCCACUUUUUGGCAGCACGUUUACCUCAAAGAUGGAGUCGUUUGUGCUGGAGAAAGAGGCUGACGUUCGUAGCUUGCAAGAACAGAUAGCGAAAGUCGACACGUUGUCAUCAGAACUUGUGGAGUUCCUGGCUGCGAAGAAUGGAACGCCGUUGAAAGACUGUUUGGUUAUGGUGAACAUGAGGUUGAACCAACACGAGAACGCUUAUUAAAUUAUACUUGUUGUGUAAAAAUAUUACGCACCAGUCACUUUGAAUGGCUUCGGUAUUUGGUAACCUGAAUUGGAUCACAAGGAUUCUCUUCUUAUUUUCCCUUAUGAUCAAAAUCAGGCUACCGAAUGCCAGAACAAUACACACUUUUGAUAUUCGUAUCCGAAUCAGUUACAGUUGUUUCUGCAGCAACAGAAAGAAAAAGAUCCUGAUUUCUCAUCAUCAACACUUCAAGAACACCUCUAACGCUCGUAUUCUCAGUCGUUUUCGAAAGUGCCUGACAGAAGCCCUACGAGUUAACCAGGAGAGGCAACUGAAAGAAAGGAAACGGAAGGAGAAGGAAGACUCCGCAAAACGGGUUGCGGAAAAACUCAUGGCCACCGUAGGAGGUGGUGCUGCUAAGGCGAAGAAUAACUCUAGCAGUCCCAAGUCCGCAACCCCAGCAGCAACAGGAGAAAUCGCCUCAGUAGCUAGUGCGUUGAACAAGACAGCAGCCACAACAGUGGCUCAAUUCUGUAAGGUUAAAGGGGAUGGAGAUAUGCUUUUGGAUGUAGUUGUGGAGGAGGAAAAGGUGGAAAUGAAGCCGUCAUCUCCUCCUUCUGGAGGCGUCCAGUUGGAGGUUAGGAAAGAACCUGUGGAUAUGUGUGAAGCACACUUUGGGCCAUAUGAACCACCUGAGCAGAUGAAGAACAAGACAGAUGCAAAACCUGCCAACGACACAGGAGCCACGGCUACUUCUUCAACAUCUGUUUCACCUACUGCAACUCAAAGUACAGCUCCUACAGCCGCACCAGCAAGCUCAUCAUCUUCCACCACGAGUUCUACUGUGCCUACGGGACCGUCACCCAAAACUCCCACCAGUCGGAUGUCAAGUACUAGUGAGCCAGCUGUCAAGAAAGUCAGGGUUUCUGCGCCAAGAAAAGGGUCAACGGUAACUGUAGACGGGGAAGAGAAACGAGUUAGCACGCUGUUGCGCAAGAGCCGCACGACAGCGCAGUAUUCAUCAUCGUCGGAUGAGGAUGGAUAGUGGAUCCGAAGGUUAGCGGAUCCACUUAUUGAAGGAUCAUACACUUGCUGGAAUUAAUGCUAUUGUUGUUGUAUUCAUGAUCAUAAUAUUAACAAAAACGAUAAUGUCAUGUUAAUUAUUUUUGAAGUUCUUUGUGCUCCGAGCUUUUGCUUGAGCAACACAUUGCAAGCAUGUGGUUCUAUGCAACCUCAUGAGAUACACACAUCAAGCGAAAAACCAUUAACAACAUCUUCCUCCAUACUACACUCUUCAUCAAGUAGCGCAUACGGAGUCAAAAGUGAGCCGCGACUGAAUUCCGAAAAAUAUUUCCUCUUAGACCGCCUCCACAACAGCAACACAAACACUGCCGUUACCUCUUGUUUUGAAAUCUUCCUUCCUCCAGUCAAGUCUCGAGUUACCGAAAGCUUCAGCUACUCAAAAUAAAUGCACAGAUAUCUUCUUCAUAUGUUGACUAUCGUACAGCGACAAGAAACCUCUCUCGUCUUCUCAGCAAUUUUUUUUGUUCCAGUUUCAGCCUCUUUCUUGAUGAAAAUAGGCGUAUCUAUUCUUCAUAAUGAAUGUUCUUGUUCAUUGAAAUUUGACGUCAUAGGAUUACCGAAAAGUCGACUGUUUAGGGCUAAUGAAUUACGCAGAAUGACCUUUUUGAUGAUCGGAUUUCUCAUCAUGGAGCUGUGAAAUAUGCCUGCUCUGGUGUCUAAGCAAGAUCCAUCGACACAACUCAUUACUCCCGAUGCAUAACAUGUG